GCCGGCGAUAAUUGCAACGACGGGAUAUUUCGCAGAAAUUCCCCGUCAGCAGAAUCGGAGAGCCGGCUCCGCGGGAGAGGCCCCGCUUCCCAGGGUCGAAACCGUAAACGAACGCCCGGGCCCUCGCCCCCCGACCGUCGUCGCCGAAAAUCCGUCCAACGUUAUCGCGGAUUACGUCACGCGGCGCGCCUCCGAAACACCCGGGCCCUCCUCUCCUUGACCGGGAUUCGGGCGAGUCCCUCCCGAGGUCGAGCGAGGAAGGACGGAAAACCGCCGGGACGGAAAACCUCGCUGGACCCGACCACGCGAAGGUCUCGGGUAAAAGGAAAAGCAUCGCCGGCCGAGUGCGCGAGCGCGCUUGCGUGCGUGCAAGGUUCGCUCGCGCGUGAUGCAAGCCGAUGCACCUAUAAGGAAGAGUCAGUCAAGUUCAGGGUCUUCCAGUUGCUCGACCGGGUGGCGAGCGAGCGAGUCGGGGUAGAAUCGAGUCGAAAAGCCGAUCAGCUGAUCGGUCGGUACUUCGCCCCGAUGAGAGUUUCGCUCGGAAAUUUCCCCGCUCCCUGGAAAAAUCGGGGGUCCUCUCGACGCCGAAUCCCGAUCCUCCCCGGAUGGGAGUUCGACCCAAGAGAUCGGGGCGAGAUCGCUCCACGCCCCCGAGUCGACGAAACUCGAUUCGGACGUCGGCCUAGACGGAUAACCAUGCCGUUCUCUACGUAUAUAAGCGGAAGACCGACCGCCGUGCGUUUCAGUUGGCCGAAUCGUCCGACGCGGACCCCACCCCACGAAACGAGCGAGUCCUCGUCUCCGAAAAGUUCUAUCCUUUCGUCGAAAGACCCCGACGAUCGCCCCGACAUGAUCGGCUCCUGGAUCGCCGGCUUCGUCGGCGCGAUCACCUGCCUCCUCUACCUUGCCUACUUCUGGAAAGUCAACUGGGUUAAGGACUUGAGGAAACUCACGAGAUCCCACCGGUCCUUGGCCGGCUCGUUGGCGGAUACCGGCCAGAGGAAAUUCGGGAAACUCCCGCCGGUUUAUCCGAACGGGUGGUUCUGCCUCCUCGAGAGUUGGCAGCUGAAGCCGAGGGAGGUGAAACACGUCUCCGCGUUGGGGGAGAAUUUUGCGGUAUUCAGGACCGAGAAAGGAAUCGUCCGCGUAAUCGACGCGUACUGUCCGCACUUGGGGGCAAACAUGGCCGAAGGUGGAAGGGUUAAAGGAGACUGUUUGGAGUGCCCUUUCCACGGGUGGUCCUUCCGAGGAGAAGACGGCCGCUGCGACGCCGUGCCCUACUCGAAGAAAGUUCCCGAGUACGCGAAAGUGAGGACCUGGAAGAGCUGCGAGGUCAACAACGGGAUCUUCGUGUGGUAUCACGCGGAAUCGGCCGAUCCCGAGUGGAGCAUCUCGCAAAAUGAGAACCUGUCCAAUGGUACCUGGAGGUACCAAGGUCGGAACCAAUACCUGGUCAACAGUCACAUUCAGGAAAUCCCGGAGAACGGAGCGGACUGGGCCCACCUGACCGCGGUCCACGGGCCGGCGAUGUUCAUCGGCGACCUCUUCCCCGGAUUGAUUCGGCAUUCCUGGACCAACGUGGUCUGGACCCCGAGGUACAAGCCCUCGUCGAGCCCGAAUCCCGAGGACUCGACGGAGGGCAACGAGAUCAACGGCCGGGUCCCGACCUCCGGGGAAGACGCCGCGGACUCGACGGGCGAUUCGGAGGAGAACAGGAGCCAGAGGCACAUAGCCACGAUGAAUCUUCGGCACUGUCUGGUGCUCUUCGACCGCUUCGAGUUCCUUUGCUUCGACGUCAAGGUCGACCAGAUCGGGCCAGCCUACGUCGAGCUCCUGAUCACGUCCACCCUGGGCCCCGUCUUCAUCGUGCAGACGGUCCUCCCGGUGUCGCCGCUCGUCCAGCGCGUCACCCACGUCGUUUACUCGAGUCCCCUGCUGACCCCCUACGCGAGUUUGAUCUUAAUCGGGGAGUGCGUCAUGUUCGAGCGGGACGUGGCGGUCUGGAACUACAAGAGAUACGAACGGCGGCCCGUUCUGGUCAAGGAAGACCGCGGCAUCAUGCCCUACCGGCGCUGGUAUUCCCAAUUCUACUCGGCCAACAGUCCCACGUACUCGUCGGCCAAGACGCUGGACUGGUGACCGGGUAGGCUCCCUCUUCGAAUCAAGGAUCCAUCGAGAACGAGGUCUCGACUGAUCGAAAUCGGCCCUUCGGGUUGCGUCUCCUUUUUAUUCGCGCGCUUUGCCCGUCCCUCCUUAUCUGGUACACGCGCGGUUAAAUGGCACGCGGACGGUCGAUUCCUUAAAUCGGCAAACGAUUACGCGCGUUAUCACAGGGUACGCUCUACCAUACGCUUCGUUGGCAAGCCCCGUCCUCGUUUAAGAGGCACCGUCAUCUCUGAGCUAAACUCGAUCCCCCUACCAACCUGCAGACAUUCGUGGAACGCGAUCAAGGGA